AUGACAGACAUGUGGAGCGAACAAACCACAGAACAAGACAGUAAUCCCACUCUGAUCCUAGAAAACACCAUUCUAGGUAGUGGGGAGGAGCAGGUAAUCGUAAAGUUAUUGACUACGAACACUUCUGUUUCCUCAAAUGGAAGCGAAGUUUUUACCAAACUGUUGACGGGAUCUUCUGCUGGCGCAGCUGCGGGAAGCACCGGGAAAUUUCUUAGCGGUGCACAAGCUCAAGGACUACGAAAAAUUGAGCCGAAGCCUGCAGACUCGGGAAACGAGAGUGAGAGGUUGGUUGAAGGUGAUGGUGAGGGCAGUCCCUUUGGAAGGUAAUGGCAAAUUUUCCCAUUUACUACACUGCUUAAGUGUCGGAUUUUUAUUCAGACUCGUAAUAUUAGAAGCACGCACAGAUUAAGAGUAAAAUUGGCUGUAUUUGCUUUUAUCCGACUAAAGGAUUUCAUCGAUAGGCUAGCGCUCUUAACUUUGCCAAGUCUACACAGUUGAUCUAAUUAAAAGUUAUACAACAGUAUAGUAUUUCACAAGUCAGCUGAUAUUUUUUUAUCACUAUUGAGGCUGUAUAACCUGAACUGUUAGACCAACUGCAUCUAGCCAGAGAGCUGGAGUCAAUAAAUCAUAUGAGGUACAACAUAUGUGUUGUGGUUCAAUUUUAUCCUUGAUUUAAUUUUUGUUUUCUUUACUAUAAAUUACCAUACCAAAAAACAAAAGAAAGAAAUUGAACCAAAGAUAAAAUUGAACCACAACAUACUGUAUAUGUUGUAGUUAAUUUUUUAUGUCAGGCAAUUUUUGAUUUUCUUUUGUUUUUGGGUAUGUUAUUAUAUGCUAAUGAAGUUGAAACAAAAGAAAAAUAAAAAUUACCUGAAAUAUUAUACAUGUUAUUGAAAUUCAGUUCAGUAUGUGGUCCUUAAAGAACAUGGGUUUUUUUUUAACUCGUAAAGCACUGGUGUAUGGUCAAGUUGUCGAAAAGUUAUCUCGCUUGGAGUUAUGUUGCCUGAAAAACUGAGUUUUGUUCCCUGACAUUUUAUCAUGUUCAACAACAUCCUAACAUCCUGACACACUUCCUGUUAUUGCACUUGUUUCCCUCAUUAGGGUGCAUCAAAUUACACACACUGCCUUUUUCAGCUUACUGCGCUUUUCGGUGACAUGCAAACUCUGAAGUUUAAAAGCUAAAUUCACAAUUGCAUUUUUGCUGCUGUCAAUCAUAAUUAUGGUCACAAACGAUGAAUCCUCAAGCACAACAAAACACAAAAAGGAUCAAAAUCCACCAAUCACAUAUCACAAGCCAUGACCUCUUCAACUAAGUAAACUUCCGUUUUCUGAGAGGUCCGCUAAGGUGAUUGACGGCAGCAAAUAAUGUCAAGGAUGGUUGGCUUUUGAACUUUGGUGUUUGCUUGUCAUUGAAAACCCCAGUAAACACUUGAUGAAAUUUCAGACAACAUAACUCAGGAUUUCAGGUGACAUAAACUUGUAACUCUUGUUUUGGGUGACAGCUUUGGUUGAGAUGACUUUUGGAUGACUUGACAGUUACCAAAAUACUGGUUGAGUUUUUUCCUCACAAGCUGAUGGCUGUUGCUGAUGUUAUUACACUGGAAUAUUUUAGAUUGCUGGAGAUCAAUGCCACAAGAAGAGGUGUCAAAACCUGUCCUCUCUGUACAAACAAAAUUGGUAAUCGUGCCAAGCAGUGUAAGUAUUGUUCUCCUGGCAAACAGAAAAGAAGGUCAAGGAAAUCUCAAACAAGUAAAGAACCCAACAAUGACAGUGAACAGAGUUCAUCUAAUGUUGACAUGAACAUGGUACUGAUGGACAGUGAACCUGAUAUGCCAACAUCUCCAAUUGGUAACACUGCAGAAGUUUCAGUGUCCUCUACCAGUGAUGUUAUUUCUAAGAAUGUAACAGAAGACGUUGAGGCUGUUACAGCAGAUAAUUUUGUACAAGGAACCCAGUCAAGUGUAAAUGCUAUUGAGGGAAUGGAAGCAGAAACAUCCCAGCAAAACAGUGGUGUGAUUGAGGCUGGGAAGAAGACCUACCACACUAGCCUGCAGGAGUUAAUUCAAACUCUUUUGGUGCAAAAUCAAAGUAGUAGUUUAUAUGUCGCACAAGAUUCUGAGGAGCAAGCUGAUAAGGUAGAUACAGAGAAUUCAGAUGUUAAUCAGCAAGAGGAACAGGCUGGUGAUGUAGAGGUGAAAGAAGUUAAAGGAAAUUCAGUAGGAGCAGUUGGUGCGGUGGGAUCUCCUGAAAAUGCAUAUGAUGCUAAUUCAGUUGCUUUGUUUUUGGGACAUCUUGCUCAGCAGAAUGGUAAGAAAGCAAGACCCUCUUUAAACAUUGCCAGCGACAAUGCUGAGCCCAACACAAGCACAUCAAGCCCCUUGGGAAUUAAAGCAAAGCAGGUUGUUAUUGAGGAUGAUCUGUCAAGUCAAGCAAAGUACAGGAAAAUAAGACCCAAGACUAUUGAUGAGUGCACUAUUACAGUAGAAAUUCAGCGCAGUGAGGAUUGUGCGGUAGAGGAGGAAAUUGCUAACACUGUUGGUGAAGUGAAGUCUGCAGAAUCACAACUCAGGUAGGAAGACUUGCCUUUUAUGAUCCCAGAAAUGACAAAUUAUCUUUUUUUGUGCAAGUGAUACUGUUAUCUCUCUCUGUAAGUAUUACUAACACUGUUGGACUGGCACAAAAUAAUGUCCAUCCUAGCCUACGUUGACGUAGCACCAGACAAAUUUUUGACCUGCUGAAAAAUGUGAUCCAACAUUUCGUAAAAGAAACAUCAGGAUUACAGGAUUGGGUAAUGCUUUGGCUGGGAUGAUAGGAAUUGAAGAACUGCCUAUCUUAAUGCUGCUCUUCAUGCAUUUGCUAUUGUAACGAUCAGGGAAAUUUGUUUGAAAAAUACAACUCUUCUUCACUUGGUGAUCAUGUUUAAUUACCAACUGAUAGUAAAUGCUGGCCACUCUGUGGUCUUAGUAAUUAAGAAAGAAGACACUUUAUUUCAAUAGGGUGCAUAAAUAUUACAGUUGUACUGUAUUCUGCCCUAUGGCCCUAUGAAACUACUAAAAUGAAAAAGUCCUUAAAUACUAACAAACUAAGGUAACAGAUAAUUUAAAUAUCAAGUUUACGAAAGCUUAAAAAGUUCUGUCAAUAAAUUUUAAAACUCUCAGGCGAGAAUUUACUUGAAUUUACACAUGAUUAAUAAACAUUCUGUCAAUAAUAAUAAUAAUAAUAAUGUAAAGCUGCCAGGCAUGAAUUUACACAUAAUUUUGAACAGAAUUAAUAUGUUUGUACAUUCUUUCAGGAUGCUUCCUGGAAAUGCUACUCGACGAGGUGUAAUGCCCUGUCAGAAAUGCCAGUGUCUUAUUGGUUGUCGUUCCAAGGUGUGUAAGCACUGCAAGUUUUUGUUAAAUGAAGCAAAUCCGCCAUUUAGGCGCAACCGAAAACUCUUGCGUCAAGCUGUUCAGUUGCAAAUUCCAUCAAACUCAUUUGUCACUGUAUUCUCUGUACGGAGAAGCAAAGUGGGUCCAGAUCAUAGGUGCUUUGUGUGGUGUCAACAAAAUGAACCAUCCAGCAAGAUGAAAGACAUGUAUUCCUGUGAUUAUCCUCCAUGUGUGACAGCAAUGGAUUUAGAGAACAAGCCAGUUGUCUUGUGUGAGCAUGCCAAGAUUUGCCGGGCACAAGGAUCAAUAACCAACUCGAGAGUGCUUGAACUUAAUUAUGAGAAAUUACCGAGUGAAUAUCUAACUGAGGUAGUUUCAGAAUCGUUGAGGGAACUUGACAGACAGUGUAGCAGUAGGGGUGUGCCUCUGGUACAAGGUGUGUCCGACAGAACUUUUGUUGUUGUUGAUCAACUUCUUCACCCUGAUGGAGUAAAUAACCUUGCAAGUGAUUUUUUGGGGUUUGUCCAUGUGCGGUUUGAAAGAAGCAAAGUUGGGAGCCUCUGGCAAACCCAGGUUUACUGUUCUGGAAGACCGUGCAUCGCGUGGAACCCAGUCUUCAGUUGUAUAGCUGGCAAGGGUAAUUGCCAGCCAUCAGUGGUCCGAUCUGUGAACUGCAUUCAUUAUUCAGCGUGUCUGUGGGCAAUUACCUCAAAUGAGAACCUUGAGUGUGAGUUUAAACUGUAUCUUGAGGGUGCAAAAGUGAAAUUUAUAAGCAGUGAUACUGAGUGAAUGAUCUUUAAGGAUAUUCAUGUUCAGCUGUUAUUGUUUUAGAUGGCCUGUUACCAGAGAAUUAACAUUAAGGAAUCCUAAAUAGGGCUGUCACUAGGGGCUGGGGAUUUCUCCUGUCUAAUUUGGGCAUGACCACCUGCUACUGUCAUUGAAAACAUAGGGAAACAGAACAAAAAGAAUUUCUUAGCUGUUUUAUUCCUAACCUUCUAAUAAAUUACAUAUAGUAAUAUACAGUCAACUCUCUAAGACAAACACCUUUGGUACCACAGGCAGCCCAGACUCUAUAUGGGAGUUUGUCAGAAUUUGGCUUUUGUAACAGAACAUAUGAAAAUAAACAAAAAAACAAUCUAAAUUUCAUUUUUUAAAAACAAAAUUCACGAUAAAAAUGACUCAAUUUGUGUUUGUGUUGGGUGUUUUACUGUCUCUUCACUUCUAGAGCCAUUUGGAAGCCAAGUAAAACACACAACACAAACACAAAAUUGCAAUUUUUUUUUCAAAAAAUGUAAUUUAGAUCGUAUUUUGUUUAUUUUCGUACCUUCUCAAGUAUAAAGUUCAAAUUACAACUUCCAGAGUCCCAUAUAGAGUCCCAUAUAGCAGCCUUGGUUGGGACCAGCACUAAGUGUCCAUUUGGGAGUGAUGUCCAUCUUAUAGAAACAAGUGAAAGGAUUUACGAAAGGUAGGGGCCAUCUUACCUAGGUGACCAACCAUUAAGAGAGAGUUGGCUGUGCUCUGCAGUGACAGCGCUGCUUAGCUCCUGCUUGACCAACAUCAAUUUUCUCCUAACAACAACAGCAGAUCAUCAAGGGUAAAGGUUAUGAGAAUUACUAAAUUGAUUACCAAAGGUAGAAUGCUUUGAUCUGAAACCAAAUUCUCUCAACUAUUCUUAAAAAAAUGUAUAGAGAUCAGUCUGGAGAAUUUGUAUGUGGAUCUUGGGGCAUAAAGAGUUAGGAGAUACUGUUCAGCUUACAAGUACAUGAAGAGAGGCAAAUUGCUAUCUUUUUCUGAUAAUAAUAAUAAUAAAUUUUUAAGGUUAUCUUGCUUGUAUUAACAACAUCAUCAGCUCUACUUAGUAGCCUAGCCAUUUCUCCUGGGUAGGCGGCAGUCUACCCAGGCAUAUUAAAUUCCUGCUCACCUGAAAGUGCCUAUCUGUUAUCUAACUUUGUUAUAGCUGGCUUGUAUCAGAUG